CUCUGACUCUCAAAGACUGCGUCAUUCUGCAAUCUGAUCAAUGUACUUUCUUAAAGAUAAUUCUUUUAAAACCCCUCUAUUAUUUCAGAAAGCUUAUCAGCUAAGUAAACGAAACAAGUGGAUAGUUAUGCAAAUUCUAUUUGUUCUUGAAUAUUCUAUAAGGAGCUGAUGCUGAUUCUUAAACAUCAAAAAUGAGAGCUGUUGUGUAUCUUAAAAAAAUUGAGGUUGCUGUCUACUUGAUUUUGUCAAUGCUCUUAUGGUUUUUAUCAUUUUCAGUUUUUUUGCCGUUUGUGAUCUCUCUUGUACUAAGUAAAACCGCCAGUCAUCUAUGGUUUUCUUACUUUUUCUCAAAGUUUCUAAUGCCAUUGUUUGGUUUUAUGGUCUUAUCUAAAAGAAGACAACUCUUCAAUAUUUUAAAGGAACAUCUGUCGAAUCGCAACAAAGCUGUUCCCUUGGAAAUAUUGGAGAUUGGAAUAGGACCAGGUUCCAAUUUAAGGUUUUACCCUGAGAAUUCUAACCUUACUGCCCUUGACGUCAACCCUUCAUUCAUAGAAAUUUUUAAUAAAAAUAAAAAGUAUUAUCCUCAAAUCAGUUUCAAAAGAACGGUUUUAAAUUUUGGUGAAGAUAUGAAGGACAUCAAUGACUCUUCCUUUGACGUGGUCAUCAGUACUCAUACACUAUGUUCCGUGAAAAAUGUUGAGCUAGUCAUCAAAGAGGUGAAGAGAGUACUGAAGACUGGAGGAAAGUAUAUUUUCAUGGAACAUGUUGUUUUCCCAAAAAAUGAAGGAGGUUACCUCAUUCAAAAUCUCAUGGAUCCACUAUGGCCUAUCUUAUUUGGUGGAUGUCAUGUAAAUCGUGACAUUACUGGAACAAUAAAAAAUGCUGGUUUCAGUGACCUACACCAUGACGUUAGUUAUCCUGUUUAUUUACCAAUUUGGUUCCGACCACAUCUCAUCGGAAUCGCCACUAAAUAGUAAUGGAAUAAAUAUGUCUUGAAAAAUUUGAAAUCAUUAUACACAAGGUGUUUGAAAGUCUUAUAUAUUAAUUUUGUGUAAUUAAUUGUAUAUUAAUUUUGUUAUUAAUUUUGUGCAUAGCUGCAAAGAAGAGAUGCAAUAAAAAUAAUCAGCGAUGAUUAUUAAUGCUGUUUUUCGAAGCGUAGUUGAGGAAAAUAGAAAAACCACAGUUUAAGUGCCUUACACUUAAAGCAUUGCGAUGAAUUUGAACUAUAUAUAUAAUCUUGCCGUGAAGAAUUAUCUGGGCUUUAGAACAGGCAAAUAACUUUUAUAUUUUGAAAGCUAUUAAACUUUUUAAAAAAUCACAGAUUUAACUUCAUUUUUCCACCAAAAUGAAACUUAUCGAAAUCACUGCUUCUUUCUCAGUUUUAGCAAAUUUCUAUGAGCCCAAGUAAUGCAGCAUUGGAGUAAGUUUUUAAAUAUUAAAAAAUUAGACCACAAAUGGUUUUUCAUUAUCGCAAAACUGUUUCUUUUCUCCAUAUUGGCGUUUUGUGCCUUUUUCAAAAUAAGCGUAAACAGUGCUGGCUUCAGAUAGGCUAAACUUGACCUAACAGUCAUAAGUAACAGUUGCAAACUCACAACAGUUAUUAUUCACAAAAAAAGCACUACGCUGACUUAAAAAAACAGCCUUAAAGUUUAAUCUAAAUAGCAGUUCUACUUGUUUAAAUUACAGUUUUAAAGACUAAGGGCAUGAAGCACGAAAAAGCAAGAAGCACUUUUAUUAAUGCACCCCGUAAUAAUGUUGAAAUUGAGAAUCUUGUAAUUAUCAUAAGUGCUAACAAUUAAAUAUUUUAAUUGUG